AGGUGGUGCCUGCUUAAACCUAAACCCUCUUGUUAGUAAAAAGUUCUGCAAAGACGCCUGGCUCCCCUCAUGCUGCAGGCUACCAGCUCUUCUGUAAGGUUGGUGUCCUACUGCCUUUUCCGAGGCAGCUUGCAGCCGUGGUGGAGUGUGUGUCCAAGCCUCCUGUGGCCAGGACAGCAGAGAAUGGGAUGGCUGAUUGGCCUUUCAGUUCUGGAGUUUGCACAGUUCUGUGGGUGUUGCUGUUUGAAGUGGCAGACACCUGGCAACUAAUUGGUUAUCAUGGAUGGCUGGCCUUCCAGUGAAGGGUGACACCAGUUAUCUCUGGAGCCCAGAGUCUCUUCAGGAGCAGCAGCAGCAGCCUAGGGGAGACGGCUUGGAAUGAGCUCAUAGGGGCCAGGUACAGGUGGUGGAUGGCUUGGUACUACAGGCCGUUCUCCUCAACCCUUAACCAAGAUAAUGACAUCUCCCUCCCGCACCCUGAGGCUGUAGCUGAGAUUCUGCCAGAUAAGCAAAUGCUCCUAUAUGAACAGGCAGCUGCCCCAGCAGACAGUGAUAUGGAUGAUGCGGACAUGCUCAGAAGAACCCAGGAAGUGACCAGGUUCCAUCUGGAUCAGCAGGAGCUAGAUAAUUACCGUACGGCCAUGAAGAAGAUGGCGGACGAUAUCCUGUCUCUGCGCAGGCAUGUUGCCAGCCUGGAGGCAGAGAACAGCACCCUGCGCCGCAACCUGAGCAUGCACGAGGAAGUGGGCCGCACACUGCUGAACGACGUGGAUGUGGAUGUCAUGACCAAGGUGGAGAUAGUCGACAGGAUAGUGGCCCUCAAGCACAAACUGGCUGCUGGGACAGUGGAAAUGAGCAGGAUGAAGGAUCGGGUGCAACAGCUGCAGAAUGAGCUGAUCCGGAAGAAUGACCGGGAGAAGGACCUGGUGAUGCUGCAACGAGCCCAUCAGCAACAGCAGACAGUGCUGAGGAAGUACCAGGAGAAAAUCACCAAGAUGAAAGCCCUGGAGGAUACUGUACGGCAGCAAGAGAGGGUGAUUGAGAAGAUGGAGCGCAUGCUGGAGGAGAAGGUGCCAGAGGCUGCUAGGACCUGUGAGCAACUGUUGGCUGAUAGCUUCUCCAAGGAGUUCUACUCCACCCUGCUAGCUGAGAACAUGAGACUGCGGGAGGAGCUGAGCAGAGCCCACUACCGCUCUUCUCCCAUCAUCCUGCAGCAGCAAGCCUUGCCGGACAUGUUCUCCACCAACUCAGAGAAGCUGUCUUUGCUGGCCAAGGUGGAGAAGGCGCAAGGUCGCAUUCGUGUCCUGGAAAGCCAGCUGGAGGAGUCUGCGAGGAAAUGGGGGCGGGAGAAGCAGGACCUCAGCACCCGGCUCCUGGAGCAAGAGCACGGCUUUGGACGGUUGUCCAGCACCAUUCUGCAUGAUUUCUCAUUGAAAACUUCACCAGACCCCACAACACAUAUCAAGAGGCACCAAACGCUUGAUCCUCUGCCCUAGCACCUUCUGCAAGAUGGACUCAUUGGCAGUGCUGGGGGAAAGACUGUGAAUGUUCUCUCUGGUCUCCCCUUCUCCCCCCGAAACAGAGCUCUCCUAGGGGGUCUACUGGAGAUCUUUAUUAAAUACUUGCUGCUCAACCCCCAAGUGCUGUUACUGCAGACUGGAUGGCCAUGGGAAAUACCUAUGUCAGUCAGAGCUCAGGGAUAUGCUUGGCCAAGUGAUAGGACCCAGUCUGUGAAGCCCAGAUCAAAGCUUGGAGAAGCUCUGAUUGUGGGUUCUAUCACAGGGCACUGGGGUUUGGGGACUUUGAAUCUGGUUUGGGACACUAGCAUAUAAGUCCCUGCCCCAAUAGGACACCCCCACCCACCCAAUCCUAUCUCGUCCCCAUCUUAAUGACCAUCUGUACGUAUCUCUCCCCGAGGGUUCCAAGGCAGUUUAGCUUGACUUUCAGCAUGUUUUCAGCAGCUGAUCUUUAGCUGGUCCCUUGUAUGAUCACUUCUGCAGUGUUCCAAGCACAGUUAGAUGCCAGCUGGUGUUGAGCUUAUUGUAUCUUCCCUUCCCCGCCUUCUCCCCUCAGGCAGUAGUGUCUUGGAACAUUGCAUUGCUGGGGUGGGUGGGGGGAGAAGGGUGUGACAUGGACUGAAUUUAUGUCCAGCAGAGGUGGCCUUAGUCUCUUUGGAAGGGUGAUUGAAGAACUCCAUCCUUGGCUGUGAUGAUGGAAUGCUGCCCGCUGUAUAGCACAUCAGCCGUGCCUGAAGGACCAAUCUGGAUCAGUUUCACCCUCCAAGUGUGUAAUGUUCGUGGAGGUUGACAUUACCUUUACCUGUGAUCCACUUCCUUUUAUGUGUGGGACAUUCCACAUGGAGCUAGGCACAGUUUAGUUGGGGUGGUGAUGCCAAACCCAAACUGGGACUGUGAGAAAGCACCAGCCUGCACAGCCCUUGAAGACUGAGCUCAGGCUCCCACGGUCAGUCUGCAGACCAGGAGGAAAUCUGAAUGUGUAACUGAGCCAAGGGCAUUCUGCAGUAGAGCAAGUGGCAGUCUUAGAAGUGGGGAAACGGGCCACUGCACACACGGUGCAUUGACGCUUUGUUGGCCUACACAGCCUAUGCCCUCUAGGGAG